CACUUCCGGUAUUAAUUUGAGGAAGUAAAACGUUUCGAGCAUACGCGAGAGAUAUGAGAGCGGGUGGUGGGUGUAAGAUAACCACUUUUAAUGGAAGUCUUAACACCAAUUUAUGAUCGUACAUGGUCUGUAAACUGAUAGCCCUGCAAAAGGUCGCCGUUGAAAGGAUUCUGCAGUCAUGUCCGGCAGGAGGUGGUCCAAGCUUUCCAAGCGAAGGUCCUCAGUGCAAUCCCUGAUAACCCCACAGGAUGACGGCGUCCACAUCUACCUCUUCUGGAGCCCCGAAGGAGAACGUUAUUUAUCGCACACGGCUGCGAAGCAGGUCACCGCAGAGGAGCUGUGCAUUUUAGCCGCAGAGGCUGUCGGGAUAACGCCUGUAUUCCACGUGUUGUUUGCUCUGUAUGACCCCUUGUCACGCUGCUGGUACAGUCCAAAUGACAUUUUUCACCCAGAGGAGGGGUCCUGUCUCAUUCUUCACUACCGAAUGAGGUUCUACUUUCGCAAUUGGCAUGGACUGAAUGACAAAGAGCCAGAUGUAACUCGCUUCACUGUCAAAAGUCAGACGCAUGCCGAAGACGACGGCGGACAAGCGCUGCUGGAAAUCAAAUCGGGCGAGUAUUUAUUCGCCCAGGCUAAACACGACUUUGUUAAUGAACUCAUUCCAAUGGAGAACAUGAACACAGAAGAGGAGCUAAGUCGCCUUAAAAGCGAGAGCUUGGGAAUGGCCAUGCUCCAUCUUAUGCACCUGGCGCUGCAGACUGGCAGCACCUUGCAGCGGGUUGCAAAAAAAACCAGCUUUGUAAAAUGCAUCCCCAAGUCUUAUGCCAAGCACAUAUCAGAAGACAGAUUUGUGACAAAGAUGAGGCUGUGGUGGAUAUUUGAGCGAUCCAUGCGCACCUACCAGCACCGCAUGGACGCAAAGCAGCCGGACGCGAAGGAGAUUUUCUGCAAGUACGUCCAUGCUCUCGAGUGCUUGGCGCCACGUUUUGGCAGUGAGACCUUCGCCGCGCGCCACCUGAGGCUGAGCGGGGACGACGAAGCCACAAGCGGCCAUGCUUCUUCCAUAGGGGACGGCGGGGCCUCAGCUACGCACAAGCUGAUGGUAUCUGCCACCAAAGGCCUUCAGUGGCGGGAAGCAACCAACUGCGAGAAGGCCAACAACAACUGGAUCGGCGACUACGGAAGGAAAACAAAGCGGCCCAGCCAGACGAGCGAAGCCGCUCCCGUUGAGUGGACCCCCUUCUGUGAUUUCCCAGACAUCAUUCACAUAGGGCUCAGUGAAGCUAAUGUUUGCAUUAGCACUCAGGACAACAAAUGUAUGGAGGUUGAGAUGAGCUCCGGCCAGGAGGCCCGCUCCUUCAUCUCCCUGCUGGAUGGAUACUACCGGCUGACUGCGGACGCCCACCACUAUCUUUGUCACGAGGUGGCGCCCCCUAGGGUGCUGCUGAGUGAAGCUAAUGGACUGCACGGACCAAUCCAUGAUGACUUUGUGCUACACAAACUAAAAAAGGAGCAAGCGGAAGAAGAAGCUUGCCUCGUACGCUGGAGUGUCCUCAACUAUCACCGGCUCGUCCUGGCCGUGACAAACAAACCACAGCAGAACGGAUCGACCAGCAGCCAAAAGCUGUUUUGCAUCCAGCAUAAAGAUUCCGUCUUCUCGCUGGAUGGCUGGCAGGAGAGAUUCUCCACUGUGAAGGAACUCACAAACACCCUGAAGGACUUCAUCCUCAAGUCCGACUCCGAAAGCUAUACCAUUCAAAAGUGCUGUCGGCCUCGGCAAGGAGAGCUUUCCAACCUCCUCGUAAGGAGACGUGGCAAAGAUGGCGGAGCCAGCGCCCGGACUCUAUCCCCGAACAAGUUGGAGCUGUGCUUCCAGAUCAAGUAUAAAGACCUCGUUCUGGGGCAGCAUUUGGGUUUCGGCACGAGAACUCAAAUCUACUCGGCGCAUCUCCAAGUCGGGUUGGCGACUGACGGGCAGGACGACGACGACUUGGCCGGCGAUCGAUACAAAAAGGUCCAAGUGGUUCUCAAGGUUCUCGAGCAAAGCAAAGAUGACAUCACAUCCGCUUUUUUUGAGAUGGCAAGUCUCAUGAGCCAGGUGUCUCACAAUCACCUGGUGUUUGUCCAUGGUUUGUCUGUCAACGGAUCUGAAAACAUUAUGGUGGAGGAGUUUGUGGAAUUUGGACCUCUCGACGUUUUCCUUCAGCGAGAAAAAGACAAAUUGACUCCAAGGUGGAAAUUUACUGUGGCCAAACAACUUGCCGGUGCCCUAAAUUAUCUCGCGACUAAAGGUGUCACCCAUGGAAACGUUUGUGCCAGGAAUGUCCUGGUGGCGAGGCGAGGUCUGGGUCAAGGUGCGUCUCCUUUAGUCAAGCUGAGUGACCCGGGCAUUGCCGUCAAUAUACUUUUCCUAGAAGAGCGAGUCGAGCGCAUUCCCUGGAUCGCACCCGAGUGCGUUUACAGCAAGGCGCCCGUCGGCCCGGGCGCUGACCAGUGGAGCUUCGGCGUCACGCUGCUGGAAAUCUGCAACGACGGCCAGCUCCCCCUGAGCGAGGCCACGUUGCUGGAGAAAGAGCGCUUCUAUCAGCAAAAGGGGACAUUGAUAGCGCCGUCCUCCCAGGACAUGGCCGUCUUCAUCAACAGGUGUCUCGUCUACGAGCCUUUGGAGCGGCCUCGCUUCUGCUCUUUGCUCCGAGACCUCAUCGACAUCAUGAAAAAAAAUCCGGAAAUAUGUCCCAGUGAGACUCUUCCUCAGGUUCAGUCCACCGUGUAUCUCAAGCGUCAUCUGAAAAAGAGGAACAUCUUGGGAAAGGGUAAUUUCGGAAUGGUGACGCUGUAUAUGUACGACCCGGCCAACGACGGCAAGGGAGAGCUGGUGGCCGUCAAGGCUUUAAAACAAGAAGACGGCCCCUUGCCCAAGUGCUGGCUGAAGGAGAUCGAAACCAUCAAGUCCCUCCAUCACACCAACAUUGUCAAGUACAAAGGAUGCUGCACUGAAAUGGGAGGACAGGUGGUGCAGCUGAUAAUGGAGUUCCUUCCGCUGGGCAGCCUGGAAAAAUACCUUCAAAAACAAGAGCAGAGUACAUCCCAGUGCUUGCUGUUUGCUCAGCAGAUCUGCGAGGGGAUGGAAUACUUGCACUCAAAGCGAUUCAUCCAUCGGGACCUCGCCGCACGUAAUAUCUUAGUAAAAAAUGAAAGCUUGGUGAAGAUCGCAGACUUUGGAUUGUCUAAAUAUAUCCCCGAGGAUAACACCUACUAUCGUGUGUCUGAAGAUGGUGGUAGCCCAGUUUUCUGGUAUGCCCUCGAGUGCCUGAAGCUAAACAAAUUUUCAUUUCACUCCGACAUCUGGUCCUUUGGUGUGACGCUUUACGAGAUCCUGACCCGCUGCGAUCCGAGCCAAAGCCCCCCCAUGAUGUUUACCAAGAUGGCGGCGUUGUCCUCGUCCCUCAGAGAGAUGACUGUGAAUGUGCUCAUCGUCUUGUUGGAGAAGCGGCAGCGCUUGCCUUGUCCCAAAAACUGCCCACCUGAGCUGAGGAGAAUAACCAUGCAGUGUUGGGAUCAAGAUCCUGCAGAAAGGCCGUCGUUCCAUGCUUUGUUUGAGCAGUUGGAAAAUAUACGCUCACAGCCAAGUGUUGACAUUUUUCGAUCUGGACUUCAAUCUGUUUGUUUGACUACCACUUAGAAAUGCAUUUACAAAUGUCAGCUGCCUUCCUCCACAAAUUGUGGUCUGGCAUUAUUGUGAUGAACAUGGAGCAUCACGAGGAAAAGGUCAACAGACCGAGAGACUGUCAACUUGCGCAUUUGGUUGUUGAAUUUUUGUACAUUUUACAAGGGUUGUUAGAUUUUGCAUUAGAUUUUUAUAACAAAAAUCAUGAAA